AUCAAGUUUCAAGUUAUGGAUUAGAAUACUGAAAGUAUAGUUAUACUACUCGUGAUAUGUUUAUCAUUUAUUUCAUAAAGGUACUUUGAACAAAAUGCAGAUGAAAGUGAUAGUUUCAAUAUUUUUGAUGUGUUUUUUACCCCAUUCAUUGGAAGGUAUUCGUCCGAACAGACCUUUCGUUGAGAAGGUGAAUGAUAAGUACAAACUAAACCUUUAUUUGACCAGUAAACUACCAAUAAAGAAACUAGAAGCCCAGGAAAUGAAAGGAAGGAAGUGGGUCCAUUUUGCAAAUUUCAGUGUGAACGAUAGUCUAGAUUAUCCAAGAAUGGAUUCAAUACCUUUAUCGUCCUACUCCGACCAGAUGUACAGGGUAAAGGCGACAUUAAAUAACGGGACUGUGCUACGAUCCUUACCUUCUAAUAAGUUAGAGACCGGAAGUUCUUCAGAUAAUAUUCUCGAGUUCACCCCACCAUCUCCUAAUAUUAGUGUACUGCCAAACAUGUCUUAUCUAGUUGAAUGGAAUCCUCCCAAGAUGUGGAACUUAAGUUCUGAUAUUGCAUUAGUGCUUGAGAAUGAUGCGAAUGGAACUUGGGAUAAGAACGAAAAACUGGUUUUAUCCAACGCUGGUCCUGAUGGUGUAGUAAGAAUCCUGACAAAUACAUCCGCCGCUAAUAUAAGAGUUCAGCUUCUAGACGCCGAAUACCAGAACUCUUUACCUUCUGCAAUCAUAGAUUUAAAAGAACUUAAAGGUGGCCAAGUAGCAAAUGCAUCAAAAAUUGAUACAAUAGUUAAAACUGUGCUUAAUGAAGUUUUAUACAAAAUUGGAAAAAAUGACCAGAAAAAUAAAACAGAAGGGAGCCCUAAUCAAGCUGAAAUUGUGGCAGAUGAUAAAGAAGCUGAUGACUAUGAAAACGAGGAAAGAUGAAAUCUUUACAAAAUUUAUGAAAAUUGUUGAAAAUAUUUGUUAAAUUCAAAUCAAUCUAUGAAAUAAAUGAAUACAUUUGUAUCUCAUUAGUGU